AUGAAGCCGUUGGAUUACGAAGAUCCGGUGCAACGUGACGGUUUUACGUUGGGUGUCCGGGUUUACGAUGGGCGCUACUAUGCAACAACAAAACUGCACAUCGAGCUCCAGGAUCGGAACGAUAAUCCACCGGUCAUCAAAGGUCCACAGCAUGUCCAGCUAUCGGAAGAUGCAUGGCGUGGCCAUCAGGUUGCCCGGUUUACGGUCCAGGAUGCGGAUGCAAAUGAUACCGCUGUCAGCAAGGACGAAAAUGGCCUUGCUACCGCUUGCACCACGGCCCAUUCCACUGCCUUCAAAAGCAAUUCCAUCCAUCGGAAAAUCUCGGGAAAUCGCCGGUUUCCGAGGAGUUCGGUGUUGUGGAGGCUUUUCCUCCUGUCAGCAACAUUCUUUAACUCAGCUGUAGCGGUAGAAGCGCAGGAGCUGUCCCAUCUGUUCAUGGGUUCCCAUCCGGGCCAAUCACGUUUCAUGAAUUUCGCCGGCAAAACCCAGCGUGAUAUUAUUGUAAAAUUUACCAAAAAUAUCACGGAAGAUACGCCGGUUGGCACAUUGCUGGCCACAUUCCGUGCUGAAGAUAAGGAUUCGAUGACGCAUAAUUUAACGUAA